AUGGCCUCCCCGCAGUUCCGACGGAAUGUGACGGCCGCAGCUCUUCUCUUCCUCGCCGCCUGGGGCGCGUACGCGACCUACGGCCUCGGUGCUCAGAAUGGGCUGUUCGACACGAUCCACGCGAGUCUCGACGUCGAGAACCCAUAUGUGCCCGGCGGUGUCUCGCCGUUGCGCACACGCUACGUUGCGUCUCCGGUGAUUGACAAGCACAUUACAGUCCUCAUUUCCUUCUUCAGCUAUGCCAUUGACCCUCCCCAUACGAAGGAUGUGGAUGUGACGAGCCUGGUCGUCAUGGCCCACUUCUGCGCCGGCUGGGCGCUCAUUCGCUUCGAGGGAUGGCGACUCGGCAACAAGCAGAAGCUGAUUGCAUGGACAACGGCGAUCGGCCUGUUCAUGCAGAUGACCACGCCGUGGGCGAUCACCAUCCCGCUCUACCUGCUGGUGCAGCUGUACACCUCUCCAAUCUCGAACCCGGAGGUCGGACCUUCCUUCGUGGCCGUAGCGGCUGACCCCGUCGACCUGCUCCUGCUCCCAUUCUGCAGCAUCAUCGCCUUCAUCGUCCCGGCGAUCAUGAUGUGGUACCCCGGCCUGCCUGCCUACUCGCACUACGGCUGGGACUUUACGUGGCAGAUCUUCCCUGUACGGGAGUACGCGAUCGCGCUCGUGUGCAAGUUCAUCCUGAAGCGUGUGCUGAAGGCGCAAGCAGGCGGGCAACACUACCUGAAGAACUCGCGCAAGGCGUACGACUACUCCCUCUUCGUCGCGACCGCCUCGCAGCUGAUCGCCAUCGCCGCGUGUGUUCUGCCCGCCAAGGCUGUGCCGGAGGCAAUCAGGCCAUGGGUCGCAGACAGCACGUUUGCGAAUGUGUUCGCGCCCUUCUGGCCGUGGAACUCGCCCGCUGUCGGCCCCUCGGCCCUCAUCAACGGCAACGGGCUCGCGGACCUGAGCAGGCUGUUCCUGCAGUGGGACAUGUUGACUGGGAACACGGCGCUGCUGAUCUGGGCCCUGCACCAGCACCGCCGUGCCGUGCCCAACGCUAGCCUCGCGAGCAGGCUCAAGAUCCUCGGAACGUGGAUCCCCCUCGGUGGCCCCGUCGGGGCCGCAGCGGCGCUGCUGAGGGACCGAGACGACCGGCUCGCGCUGCGCACGGCGCAGAGGCGUGCGGGCGAGGUGGUCAGGGAGACGAAGGCGAAGUAG